GAGAGAGUGAAACAAAUAUCUAAAUCACCGGGGAUUUUGAAUCCCUAGAUUUUCUCGCUGACACUGAGAAAAGCUUACGAGAGACAACAAUGGCGAAUAUGCCUAUGGAUAUCGUCGCCGAUAUCUUCCACCGUCUCCCCGCUACUACCCUGGUCCGAUGCCGCCUCCUCUCGAAGCCUUGCUACUCUCUUAUCGACAGUUCCGACUUCGUCGCGUCGCAUCUCAAACGCGUUCUCGAAACCGAAGAGCACCUCAUGAUCCUCCUGCGUUUCCCUCGCAUUCUACGUACGGUGUACCUCGACGCACCGGAUAAACUCUCUGACGUUGAGCAUCCUUUGCAAGCCGGCGGUUUGACGGAGGUUUUCGGUUCGGUUAACGGUAUAAUCGGUUUAACGAACUCUCCUCUCGACUUAGCACUUUUUAAUCCAUCGACUCGUAAAAUCCACCGCUUACCGAUUGAACCUGUUGAUUUCCCGGAACGUUACAUCACACGCGAGGUUGUCUUUUACGGAUUAGGUUACGAUUCGGUGAGUGAUGAUUACAAAGUAGUGAGGAUGAUUCAGUCGAAGGAUUUAGGUGAUGAAGGAGAUUAUCCUUUGGAAAUCAAAGUUUUCAGCUUAAAGAAAAAUAAAUGCAAGAGAAUCAGUCUUCUCUUUGAGGUGCAGAUGCUCUUCAUCUACUUUUAUUACGAUAUUCUGUAUCGCCGUGGGAAUGGUGUUCUUGCUAGCAAUAGUCUUCAUUGGAUCUUACCUAGAAGUCAAGGACAUAUCGCUUUCAACACGAUAAUCAGAUUUGAUCUUGCCUCUGAUACUCUUGGAGUUCUUAGCUUCCCAAGUGAUCUUUACUGUGAAGAUGAUAUGGAUAUUGGUGUGUUAGAUGGCUGCCUUUGCUUGAUGUGUUACAGCGAGUCUAGUGUGGAUGUUUGGAUUUUGAGGGAGUAUGAAGGGAAGUGGAGUAAGUUCAUUACGGUGCCGAAACCUGAUUCUGUUGUUUUCUUUGAGUUUGUGAGGCCUCUGAUCUAUUCCAAGGACAGGAGCAAGAUUUUGCUGGAGAUAAACAAUGGGAAGUUGAUGUGGUUUGAUUUGGAGAGUAAGAGUUUUGAAAAGCUUGUGAUAAAGGGUUGUGAGGGUCCGUGUAACGCUGAGAUCGUCGUGAGUAGCCUUGUUUUGGGAUGUAAAGCUGCUUAUGAUCCAUUGGAUCCUAAUGGGAACAUAACAAUCAAAUGGGAUAUCAUGUCAUGGACAGCAGAUGGCUAUGUGGCUAUUGUUACUAUGAACAACUUCCAAAUCUACCGACACAUACAAUCCCCAGGUUGGACACUAGGCUGGGCAUGGGCAAAGAAAGAAGUGAUAUGGUCAAUGGUUGGUGCACAAGCAACAGAACAAGGAGACUGUUCCAAGUUCAAAGGCAACGUACCUCACUGCUGUAAGAAAACCCCAACCGUCGUUGAUCUCUUACCAGGCGUCCCUUACAAUCAACAGAUCUCAAACUGUUGCAAAGGCGGUGUAGUUGGUGCUUGGGGUCAAGAUCCAUCAUCCGCUGUGUCACAGUUUCAGGUUAGUGUUGGUCAGGCUGGAACCACAAACAAGACUGUCAAGCUUCCUAAGAACUUCACUUUGCUUGGUCCUGGUCCUGGUUACACUUGUGGUCCUGCCAAAAUAGUGCCGUCUACUGUCUUUCUAACUACUGACAAAAGGAGGAAAACACAAGCUUUGAUGACGUGGAAUGUUACCUGCACAUACUCACAGUUUCUAGCAAGGAAGCAUCCAAGUUGUUGCGUCUCCUUCUCUUCUUUCUACAACGACACUAUAACUCCUUGCCCUUCUUGUGCUUGUGGCUGCGAGAAUAAAAGGAGCUGCGUCAAGGCUGAUUCUAAGAUUUUAACCAAGAAAGGACUCAACACACCGAGAAAAGACAACGCACCAUUGCUACAAUGCACACACCACAUGUGCCCGAUUAGAGUUCACUGGCACGUUAAAACUAACUACAAAGACUAUUGGCGUGUGAAGAUAGCCAUCACAAAUUUCAAUUACCGGAUGAAUCAUACGCUAUGGACUUUAGCAGUUCAGCAUCCAAAUCUCAACAACGUGACUCAAGUUUUCAGCUUUGAUUACAAAUCAGUUGCUCCUUACGGAUCCAUAAAUGAUACUGGAAUGUUCUUUGGGACAAAGUUUUACAAUGAUCUUUUGAUGGAAGCUGGACCUUCAGGGAAUGUGCAAUCAGAGGUUUUGUUACAGAAAGAUCAAAAGACUUUUACUUUGAAGCAAGGUUGGGCUUUCCCGAGGAAAGUUUAUUUUAAUGGAGAUGAGUGUAUGUUGCCUCCACCAGAUUCGUAUCCUUUUCUACCAAACUCUGCACGAGGAAGCUUAGCUUCUCUCUCGACGCUGUCAUUCACGGUUCUUGUUUUUAUGUUGAUAUCAUUCUGGUGA